AUGUACGGGGACGACGAAGAGCAAACCAGCUGGACUGCCUCUUCAACCUUUGAGGGCCCUUCCAAAGAACUUGACUUGUCCUUGGGGGACAGCUUCAAUUACAGUAACUUUUUUAAUCACAGAACUUCCUAUGUUUCCAAUACCGACACCACUUUUAUCGACCUAUCCUCAGACACGAAGCCCUUUGGCGCAUUAUCAAACCCUCACGAUCGGACACGGCUAUCAGCUACCUCGAAUGGCUCUGCUAACCUGUCCUAUCCUCUCCCACAUUCAAAUCAUACCAAUUCUCAUGGAAGAGACACCAUGGAACUUCCUACACGUUCCAAGCGCAUUCCUCCCAUCCCAACUCGUUCCCAAAACGCCGUUUCGCCUCCUGUAUCACAUCUUACACCUCCCCAUAAUCACCCACCAUCCUUGCUGAGAAGCAGAGAACGCCAUGUUCCUGAACCUACUUCGGUUCUCACACCCCAACAACCAACGUCUGUUUUAGUCCCAUCCUCUCAAACGCCAUCUUCUUCUCCCACCACUAAACAGCAGUCGAAAUUAAGCACUCCUUCUAGCAAAACGUCGUUGGUACCCUCAGAAGGUGAAGACCUGGACGCGUUUCACGUGCGGAGUACCUAUGCCCACCUCGACGUGGUUGGUGUCAGAGGUGAUGGCUAUGAGGAGGGUGUGGAACGUACGCGCGCACGAAUUCGUGCGAGUAAAGGAAGCGAACUACGCGCGGAGGCUGCUUUGGCUGGUCCGUCAGAGAAAUCACGAGACCUUGAAGCUCAAGAGCUCAAUGUGCUGUCAAGCUUAGAUCGCUAUGGAUUCUUCACGGUACCAUCUCACGACCGACUGGUUUUUCUCCCAUCCGGACCUCUGCUUAAACGAUUAAGUUCAGUCAGGGCUGGUUCGAAAUCAGCCCCUAGCCAUGCUGUGUCCGUCAGUUCAUUGCCCGCAGCUUCAUCUCCGUUCAAGGAACAGAUGCGGGUUGCCAAGUGGGACAGGAUGUUGGAAGUUCUUAGUCGAGACGGCGGCGGAAAUGUGGAAUCGUGGGGCAUCAAGGCAUCGAAAAUGCACAAGCUUCGGCAGAGGGUAUACAAGGGGAUUCCUGACAGAUGGAGAAGGGCAGCUUGGGAGGUGCUCAUGAAUCGGUUUUCGAAAUCCGGACGUAAGGCGAUUGUGGAGCUAGAAAAUAAUUAUUUGCAAGAGUUGGAGAAGCCCUCAAGCUACGACGUCCAGAUCGACUUGGAUGUGCCGAGAACCAUCAGUGGACAUGUCAUGUUUCACACACGGUACGGACUUGGGCAACGUUCACUGUUCCGCGUCUUACACUCAUUCUCAUUACGAUGCCACCAAUGUGGUUACGUGCAAGGCAUGGGUCCGAUAGCCGCGACUCUUCUAUGCUACUUCGAGCCUGAAAAAGUUUAUGCGGCUCUUUGCCGUUUACAUGAUAACUACAACAUGCACACCAUCUUUGCUCCUGGUUUUCCAGGAUUGUUGGAGGCCAUUUACGUCCAGGAACGAAUUAUGGAAUCGAAGAUGCCGGACGUGUACGCUGCAUUCAAGAAACACAUGAUUUCUACGACUUCAUACGCGACAAAGUGGUACAUUACGCUUUUUGCCAACUCUGUCCCUUUUCAGACGCAGCUCCGGCUAUGGGACGCGUAUCUCUUAGAAGGAGAAGACCUUUUUAUUGCGGUGGCGAUCUCUAUCGUAUGGGUCUAUCGAGAUCACAUCACAUCCAGUUCCGCCAAUUUCGAAACGAUAUUAUCCCUUCUAUCCUCUUUCUUCGUACCCGAAGACGACGACUCACUUCUAUCUUGGAUAGAACGCAUGCUCGGAAAUAAAAAGCUGCGAUCACAAAUGGCGCAGUGGCGUCAGGACUGGGCCGAGCUCGUCGCUUCAGGUAAGGAUAGCGAAGCCCUUCUAUAGCACCCUUCCCCUCCUUGCUCUUGUUUUCGUCCUUAAUCUUCACCGUCUUGAUAUCAGACUUGCAUUG